AUGGCGAAACAUACGUCAAUACCUGGGAAAAUUUUAAAACUGAAACGGGAGAAGCCGAAGCCCGAGUGGAAGGUCAGCGACAGUGAAAAUGCAAUGGACCAAUUGAUGGAUCUCUUCGUGAAGGGAUCUGGGAAGACUCUGAACAAAAAUGCCAACUUUGAUUAUCUUGCAUACUUGUUUGCAGACAUCGCCGGGCACCCAGAUGGAAGAAAGCACUUCAUUGAGGCACAGGCUUAUGACAACGUCAUACCGCUUACGAAACUGAUAGUAUUUACUGAGCACGAAUCAUUAGUACGCAGAAAAGGAGUCGCCUCGACCAUCAAGAACUCCCUGUUCGACAUCUCCUCGCACCAGACGCUUGUAUCGGAGUCUUCUGUGAAUCUGCUGCCUUAUAUCCUUCUACCACUUAUGGGAUCCGAAGAGUAUCCAGAAGACGAGUCGCUUAGUAUGCCGGCUGAAGUUCAGCUAUUACCUCCAGACAAGAAAAGGGAAGCCGACAGUUCAAUCAUUGCGACGCACUUAGACAGUAUUGUACUGUUGACUACGACUCGCGAGGUUAGAGAGCUGCUAAGGGAGCUGCAGGUAUAUCCGAUUGUUCGGGAAGUUCAUCUAGCAGUGGAAGACGAUGAUGUCCGAGAUAUCUGCGAGAGGAUCGUCAAUGUAUUGAAACGUGAUGAGGCAGACCCUUCGAAACUAGAUGGUCCGAGGGUGCAAGAGCUUGAAGAUGAAGAUGGCGUUAUUGACCUUGUCUAA